AUGACCAGUCACUGCAAUACGCUCAAGAACAUGUGCAAGGGGGGUACGAUUCCGGGAACAUACGUUUUCGAACAAAACAAUCCUUAUCUUCAUGAGGCCAAUGCAUUUGAGAAUGGACUGCAGGCGCUGAGAGACGGUCUGUUGGCCAAGGCUAUUCUUUAUUUUGAAGCUGCCGUGCAACAGAACAGCCAGCAUUUUGAAGUUUGUCUUGUAAAGCUGGCAGUUGCAGCGUUAUGUAUCAAUAAAGCUAUGGAAGAAAAAGCGCUGGAUAUACUGGAGCAGUGGGUCAAGUCUCAUCCGAUGGCCCACUUGAUUAUGUCAAAACGAGAAGCUGUUCCCGAAAAUUCAUUUGAAUCGCUUCUAACUCGUGCAAAAAAGGUGGAACAUCUUAUUCGGGAAUUAUCUGCCAAAUCGGCAGCCAUGGACAGAUCGGUGUUUCAUAAUGCGCUGAGUCUCGUCUUUCAUAUUACCAAUGAGUAUGAUCGGGCUGCUGAAGAAAUAAGGGCCGCAAUCGCCUGUAAUCCUGAGGUUCGCUGGGAUUCUGUGCUGUGGAAUCGUCUGGGAGCAACAUUGGCUAAUGGAGCGCAUGCUGCUGAAGCUGUCGAUGCGUAUGGGAAAGCCCUGAGAAUAUGCCCAGGUUAUACUCGUGCCCGAUACAAUUUGGGAAUCGCUUGCACCCAUUUGAAAAAUUACAGGUAUGUGCGCGGCAGAUUUAAACCAAACACAUUUUAA